UGGAACACUGCAGGAUUAUCCUCUACAUGAGCUCCAGACACACUCCACAACCAGUGCUGAACUAAAACAAUAGAGGCCAAUAAUAUAACCGGCCGGACCUGUGUAAUGAUAUCUGGAUUAUUUUACUCUUAAAAGGUCCUACCAUUGUUUGUGAAUGGGUUCACCGGUGUGCUUGAGGAAGUCCGCUUUUCUGCAGACGUGUUCAGUCUUGCUUCGCAUCACCCAGCACCAUGUCUGGCUCUUACGAUGAAUCCGCUGUUGCUGAUGAGGCCAUGGACAGCUUUUGGGAGGUGGGAAAUUAUAAGCGUGCUGUCAAGAGAAUUGACGACGGCCAUCGACUCUGCAAUGAUCUUAUGAACUGCCUUCAGGAACGGGCCAAGAUCGAGAAGUCCUACAGCCAGCAGCUCACCGAAUGGUCCAAAAGGUGGAGGCAACUGAUCGAGAAAGGGCCUCAGUAUGGCUCUGUGGAGCGGGCCUGGAUUGCCAUGAUGACAGAGGCCGAUAAGGUGAGUGAACUUCAUCAGGAGGUGAAGAACGGUCUGAUGAACGAGGACAUCGAGAUGGUGAAGAACUGGCAGAAAGACUCGUACCACAGACAGAUGAUGGGUGGCUUCAAGGAAACCAAAGAGGCAGAAGAGGGCUUCAAGAAAGCCCAGAAACCCUGGGCGAAGAAACUCAAAGAGAUGGAGACGGCGAAGAAGAACUAUCACAUGGCAUGUAAAGAGGAGAAACUGGCUGCAGCCCGUGAGGCAGAUGCAUCUGUCACUCCUGACCAGCAGAAGAAACUCCACGAGAAGACAGAGAAAUGCAAACAGGACGUGCAGAAGGCGAAGGAGAAGUACGAGAAGUCUCUGGAUGAAUUGUCGAAGUGCACACCGCAGUACAUGGAGAGCAUGGAGCAGGUGUUUGACCAAUGCCAGCAGCACGAGGUCAAACGACUGACCUUCCUCAAAGAGGUUCUCCUGGACAUCAAACGACACCUAAACCUCACCGAGAACCAAAACUAUGCGUCAGUGUACCGUGAGUUUGAACGCACCAUUCUGGCUGCCAACACACAAGAGGAUCUCAAGUGGUUCAGUAAUAAUCACGGUCCUGGCAUGCAUAUGAACUGGCCCCAGUUGGAGGAAUAUAAUCCAGAAGCCACCAAUGCUGUUGCCAAGAGAGAAAAGAAGAAGCCAGAUGGAGUCGCUCCUGCUACUCCGAGCACAGAGCAUGCAGGUCAAGCAGGAGACCGCGGCAGUGUGAGCAGCUAUGAAAAGAACCAGGCGUACUCCACAGAAUGGUCCGAUGACGAGCAGCCCACUGGGUACUCGGGGAACGAGACGAAUGGCGGCGCGAACUCUUUCGAGGAUGACGCGGUCAGCAGAGGAGGAGUGCGAGUGCGAGCGCUCUAUGACUAUGAAGGGCAAGAGCAGGAUGAGCUAAGCUUCAAAGCAGGGGAUGAAUUAACAAAGAUCGAAGAGGAAGAUGACCAGGGCUGGUGCAGAGGCCGUCUGGACAGCGGCCGGACAGGCUUAUACCCGGCCAAUUACGUUGAGGAAAUCUGAUCACCUGACUGGAGGACAACACACCUUUGGAGGCAGCUCUGAUUGUCCGAUGUAACGACGUGGCAAAAAUGCCAGAGACUUAACAUGAACGACUGUCCCUGAAGAUGUGCAAUGCAGUCUUGUUUUAAAAAAUCAAAAAAAUCUUAGUAAAGAUAGCCGCACUGUAUAUAUAGAUCUUAUCUGGGAGGCGGGGAAGAGCUUGCUCACUACUAAUAUCUAUUUGCAAAUAUUUAAAAAGCAUAUACAUGCGUACAAACAAGCAGAUAUGAAGAAAUAAAUGACCCAUCAGUUAUGCAAGUGCAGGCUACACAUUACUGGUGCAGAUUACAUGUUAUUUGAAAUUAUAUUACAGGCAUUAGCAUAAAAUCCAACUUAACAGAUAUUCAUGUGGCCACUCUGCUGUAUUUUAGUACAAAGUUCAUCUAACAGAGUCAAUGUGCAAUUAUGGGGUACUACUCGUCCAGUGUCACGUGUUAAACAGAAUAUGACUCACAACGGGCUAUUGGGCUUUCCUCUUUCUCACCAUCAGUCCAUGCCUCGUUGCGCUGAUUAUUAUAUUAGGUAUCGUUCUCUUGAUGUCUGUGUCUGUAUGCAUAGCAGCAUGUGCUAUGGAGCAUGUAGCCCUUGAUUCCUCAGGCCAUCUGUACCGUAUGCAAUUCCCACAGUGACCACAGAGGGCAGCAGACUCAUGUCAACCUCACACCAGGAAGCGGUGGAAAAUCCCUAUGUUCAGAACAAAAUACUACUUUAACAGUAGUAUUGAUAGUGCAUACUAUUUUUAAAGAUAGUAUGUGAAACAGUAUGCAUGUAUGCAGUAUGCAGUAGACCUUAGUCAGGGUGGUGCCAUAUUUAAUUUUUGACAGGAAUGAAAUCGAAAAUAUGAGGGACUGAAGUGCAGUGUGUUCAGUGGAUGUACUGCUGUUUAAAGGGUUAUGAAACCCCAGACUACUUU